AUGGCUGAGAAACCGUCAACAGCUUCUGCACCCACGCAAUGCGUCGGCCCGACGUUCAAGGGCGUCGACGAGAAGCCCAGUGCCACUGUAUCUGCCGUGGUGCCGUUCGAUAACGUCUAUGUCCUACCGCAAACCCCCCAGUUGAUUGCCCUUCUGUCCAUGAUAAGAAAUAAGGACACCGAGCGAGCAGACUUCAUCUUUUAUUCCAACAGAAUUAUCCGGUUGCUAGUAGAAGAAGGCCUGAACCAUCUGCCCGUCAUUGAGAAAAGCAUCACUACCCCGGUCGGCCGCACUUACAAUGGUCUCAUGUUCCAGGGCAAGAUAUGUGGUGUCUCGAUUAUGCGAGCUGGAGAAGCAAUGGAGCAGGGACUACGAGACUGUUGCCGCUCUGUAAGAAUUGGCAAGAUCUUGAUUCAGCGGGACGAAGACACAGCCCAGCCCAAACUUUUCUAUGACAAGCUGCCUGAAGAUAUUGCGAACCGAUGGGUUCUUCUGCUAGACCCCAUGUUUGCAACAGGAGGCUCCGCUACAAUGGCCGUCGAGGUCCUCAAAGGCCGAGGGGUGCCCGAAGAGCGUAUUCUGUUCCUCAACUUGAUUGCCAGCCCAGAGGGAAUCACAACCUUUGCCGCGAAAUUCCCCCGACUCAAGGUCGUGACGGCGUUCAUUGACGAGGGUUUGGAUGAGAAGAAUUAUAUUGUGCCUGGUCUUGGAGACUUUGGCGACCGAUUCUAUACGAUUUGA